UGGAAAGAUGGCUCUUUCAGACAACAGAUUAGAAUGUUAUUAGUCAUCCAUUGCUGUUUACGAAGACGAAAAUCAGCUGGAUGCGUAGCCUGGUCGUAAGAGUCAACGAGCUGUUGUGACAGUUUCGUAUUUAUUAAUUGGGAAGGAAGUUUGUAGCAACGUGAGAAGCGUCACCUCAAAGCACAACAAGAUGAUGAGUUUUCUCUCGGGUUCUCAGCCUUUCGACGCUGAAGUCGAAAAGGCAACCAGUGAGAAAUGUACGAAAGAGGACUGGGCACUGAUUAUGGAAAUAUGUGACAAAAUUGGCAGUUCUCCUCAAAAUGCCAAAGACUGUCUACGCUCUAUUGUUAGGAGACUAAAUGCUCAAGAUCCUCAUAUUGUAAUGCUUGCCAUAACUUUACUAGAUGCUUGUUCUAGCAAUUGUGGUAAAGUGUUUCAUUUAGAAGUUGCAUCAAGAGAAUUUGAGACACAAUUUAUCAAGCUUAUUAAUAAUAGUCGUCAGCAACAACAACCAAAAAUUUAUGAAAAAUUUAAGUCUACUCUGAAGAAGUGGGCAGAAGGAGAUUAUAAAUCAGAUCCUCAAUUAAAUUUGAUUCCUAGCCUUUAUCAAAAAUUGAAGCUUGAGGGACAUGAUUUUUCAUCCACUCCUGAAACGCAAUCAAGGCCAAAUUAUACAAACAAAGAUCCAAACUUUGUUUCUAGCAAUCAGGAAGCAGAAGAAUUAGCAAGAGCAAUUGAACUAUCGCUGAAAGAAAGUACAAAGCAAUCAACAAUUACACAUAACUCUCCAUCUACUAAAAAAACAACUAGUCUUUACCCAACUGUAAAUGCUCUAAUGGCUACCUCAGCAAAUUCAGAAGGCAGAAAAGUCAAAGCUCUUUAUGACUUUGAAGCUGUUGAGGACAAUGAGCUGACAUUUUCAGCAGGAGAAAUCAUUCACAUUUUGGACGAUUCAGAUCCUAAUUGGUGGAAAGGUAGUAACCAAAGAGGUGAAGGUCUGUUUCCUUCUAAUUUUGUUACGGCCGAUUUGUCUGUUGAGCCAGAACAGUAUACAAAAUUAGAAAGCAACAAAAAGUCGGUUCAAUUUUCGGAAGAAGUCGAGGUAAAAACUUUGAAAAAGGAACCAGAAGUUUUAGAAAUUGACAUCAAUGAGCAAAAAAUGGACAGAUUAUUACACUUAUUGCACGAAUCUGAUCCACAAUCGGGCAGUACUGAUCCUCAAGAAAUGCUCGACCUAGAAGAGCAAGUAACCGCAAUGGGACCGUUAAUAGACACAGCUCUAGAAAAGGUCGAUAAGCAGCACGCCCAGUUGACUCAGCUGAGUUCCGACCUUGUCGAGGCCAUGAAUUUGUAUCAUACGUUGAUGCGCGAACCUGCCAUAUCGUCCUAUACCCUACCAAAAAUGCCUCCUCAGCAAAUGGUUUAUCAAUUCCCACAUCCACAAGCUGGACCACAUCAAGCAGGACACACACAACACCCAAUGGCUGGCCAUUCUCACACUGCUCAUCCGCACUUGCAAGGACCUCAUCCCCAAGCAGCACAUCCGCAGGCUGGACUUCCACAGGGAGCGCAUUCUCAAGGAGCAGCUGCACAUAUGUUUAACGGUAUGACACCUGGCCCUCAAUCACAAAUGAUGUCUGGGCCGCAACCGCGAUAUAACGCCAACAUGCCUCCAUCUGGUGAAAUGAUAAAUACACAGGGAGCUACGAGUUUGCCGCCAAUGACGUUACCACAUCAUUACUACCAGAUGCAUCCGGCCUUACGACAAAUGCCUCCGGAGGCUCGUCAAGAUUCUCCGCAAGCAAAUCAAAACAACAUUCCCUAUGCGCAGCAAGGAUACCCUGAACAAACCAAUGUAGGACACAAUGUUUCUGUGUCAUACAUGUCGCAAGUGCCGCCUGGUCAACCGAUCAGCAAUCAGCAGCCACAGAUCGCUUCACCCACUGGCCAGCGUAUGGCGUAAAACAAAACAAAGGAAAAAAAAAGAAAAACAAAACAAAGCAAAAAAACAAUGAAUUGAUAGAAAGAGAGAAUUAAAAAAUCUCUGUUUUAAGGAUAUAUCUUGUACUCUAGGAACAAAAAAGAAAAAAGAAAAGAAAAAAAAACAAGUUGUACGAUAUGGCUACGUUAUACAGUUAUUUAAAGAAGCAAGUAUAAGAUAAGCUCACAGUGAUUUAAUGAGAACUGCAAGUAGCUGUCGGCAACGAUUAUAUUUAUACUGUUAUAUGUGGCUCGAUUUUUAAGAAAAGAUCAACUGCGCUGCUAAUCAGUUUGUUAUUUUUCAGCUUACUUUGUAUUUUAAUUAGUUGUAUCUUACUGAUACAAAAUUUUAUCAGUUUUUGUUUAAGCAAAACUAUUUCUUUGUUCGUUUCAUCUUUCUCGUAGUUUACCUUUGCUUUUUCCACUAUUCAUUCUUCGUUUUCAUUAAAGUUUACAAGAUUUUCUAAGGUAACAGUUUUGGUAUUGGCAGUAGUUUUUUCUUCAGUUAAAACCAAGAAAAUGCCAUUAUCACCAACAUUUAUCGUUGCACUGAUGAAUGGAUCUACAUUUUAGAUAGACAAUAUAUUCCAAGUAGUAUGUUUUUGGUUAAAGAACUUUCGCCAUGGUCAAUUUUUAUCAAUAUUUUGUAAUAUUUUGAAUUUAUUUUAUUAAAACCAUCAAAACUUACUUCAUAAGUUUUAGUUUUAUGGAUUGGUAACCUAGCACUUAGUAGACAGGAUCUAUUGAUGUACCACUUUUUUUAGUUCCAAUCGAUAAUAGAAUUUUAUCUACCAACAUUAGUUUAUGCGUGUUAGUCAAUGAGAAUCUUUUAAUUACUGCUUUCUUAGAUAUAAAUAUUUUUAGAUUAGUUUUUGAAUUUUUGGUAAGCAGGUUGAACUCCUAACAACAGUCACUUUACCGAUAUCGUUGUUUUCUAAUUUAGCUUCUGUAAGAGCCGUUUUCAAAACUGUAUUGAUCUUUGUAAACAAAUCUAUACAAAUGUUCUCAAAUUCGAUCUGAAUAAUACAAAUUGUAUAAUAUUCACUCUUGAAUUCAAAUUCUACUGUAAGAAAGGUACUGUAGAAGAGAUAAAGAUAGCGUUUCGCAUCUUUAUAAGCAUUAUAUAGUUUAAACAAAGCAUAUGAGUCAUUUGUAACGACCAUUUUAUUUUGCUUGAAAUGUUUUUUUUUGAAUAAUACGUCGUGUAAAAUCCUGACCGUUUAAGUAAGGAUCACCGUUUCUGCGUUGUACCUCAUAAACUUCAUCACAAACUUCUUUGUUUCAAAAGAACAGCUAUAGAUUCAUUAAUUAAUGAUACUGUUGUGAUAUCCGUGGCAGAUUUGCUAACAGCUAAAACGUAUGAACUAAUGUUUUCUAUUGGUAAAAUUUGUAUCUUAAUCCUAUGUUGGAGUUCUGUAGCUUUUCUGAAAUUAUCAACAAUAGCCAGUCUACAAUAUCUUCUUGUGGACUCCAUCGUCAUUGAAACUAUGACCUUUUAAGCAUUUGGUAUCACAGAUAGUAUUCCUGCUGUUUCUUAAACUUUGAUUUUUAGUAGUUUUGCCGAUAACUAUUUUAUUAUUUUCGUAAGUAAAGGUGACAUAAUGCGGUGCUGUAGAUAAACCUAGGUCAUUUUCUAAAACAAUGCACUAUUACGAUAAAUGUGGUGAUAUCAAGUUCUGAUCUUAUAUUCCCUUAGCUUGUAGAACUAUUGUUAUGAUCAUUGGUUUUCAUGAUUGGAAGAUUCAUUCUCAUGCAUAUUAAAUGUCCAGAUUUCUGAGACUUUUUAUCGUUUUUUUAAAGGAAUAACUAUUUGUGGAAGUUACAACGCGUUCUUUUAUCAACAAUCGAGCAACAUAUAGCAAUACUAUACAAACAAAUACUAUAUAAUAUAAAAAAAAGUCGUAAGGCAUUUAUUUGACGUAACGUUUAGAAAGGGAGUGACGAUACUCGUACUAAUCCGUCUUAUUGUUAUGUUGGGCUGAGGAAAAAGAUGAGGAAAAACCAAAAUGGUUAUAUGCUGUAUUUUCACAUAUUUUACUCGAAAGAUUGGCAAAGAUAAGUCGGUGGCAUAUUUAAGGAAUCCUAUGUAGUUUAAUUUUAUUCUUAAUUGAACGAAGGAAAAGAAAAACGAAUAAAAAUGUAUAGGCAGUUAAUAAUUAAAAUAAAAAAAUAACCAAGUGAUACGGCGUGGCUGCUUUUGUUAUUUGUUUCUAAGUUUUUUCGAACAAAAAAAGUUAACAGAUUUCAGAUCAAUCUAUUAGCUUUGACUAAUAUUGUGCGAUAUAAUGUAACGGGGCCCGUUAGUGAUGAUAAAUUUGAUAAAUAAUUAAUCUAAUAAGCCUUUUCUAGUUUUUUACAAAUGAUAAACGAGAAAACAACAAGACCAUGCGCAGAGAGCGUUUUCGUCGGUCGGAUUUAUCCUACGACUAAUUUUCGCAUCACCGCGUAUAAUUAUUAUUGAUUUUUCGAUGCACUAUCGAGCCAACGGAGUUGUAGUAUGAUAGAUAGAUAGAAAACGAUGAAAGAGUAAGAAAGAAUAUCCUAAAUUACACGAAAACAAAGUAUCAACCGCAUAGACAAAACGACCUAUAACGCGACUGGUUAUAAAGGCUGGUCUGCUAUUAAUGUAAAUAAUUCUUAUUCAAAACUGAUACCGUUAAGAUUGUAAAAUGAGAGAGGUAAAUUUUAAAGCAUGGUUUAUAAUUUUUGUACAUGCGUUCGUCACAGACUGUAAAAAUGCACGUGCAAAUAUUAUUCAACUUGUCGAGUGCAAUGUUCUGUGAAAUUGUAAUUCUGAACAAGUUUUUUCUCUCUUUUCUUCGUUCAUGCUUCUUCUUCGAAUAAAUCUUUUCGUUUUGAAGUGAUGUUGAUGAUGAUCGAUCAGAGCGGCAGCGCUGUCUUGCAAAUUGAUUUUGUGUAAAAAUCCGAGCAGUGGGAGAAGUGUGAGAGCUAAAGCUGCGGGUACAGCGGCGAUAAAAGAAACCUUGUCAAGUCGUCGAUUUUUCAGUGAAUUGUUUUGCGGUUCGUGAGAGUUACAGUGGGUGUUUCUCCAGCAAUAUUCUGAACUUGGUAUACCUAAAGGAUUAUAAAUACAGGAAAAAUGUAGAAGAGGAGAAUGAAAGGGUUUUGAACGCGCAAGUGUAAAAAAGAAAUAAAUAUUGUGUGGAAAGGUACUUUUACGAGACGAGGAAAAUAUCGUAAUUAAUAUUGUAUACGUUUUGUUGCCAUUAAACUGUCAUUAUUUACGUAAAAAA